AAGACGACGUAGGGAGUGUGUUAUUAUUUUGUGAGUUAGAGUGGAUUGUUAUAGUGGUGCGUACUGGGGGAAUCUAUGUUUUGGCGUUACAGAGCGAACAUCGACGUGAUCGAGUGACGAGUGUUACGUCGUGCGAGCAACACCGCCAAACUGGUGAGUCGUGGUUUAUGCACAGCCUACUCCGAAUUCAUCUGUUGUGUGGACGAAGCUACACUGUCAAUCGUUUGGCCUUCGCCGCCGGGGGGAGGGGGGUAGUAGUCCAGCGGAGCUCUAUGUGUUGCUGCUGUGUGCUACUGUUGGGUCAGACAGAAAGGCCAACAGUAAAUGCAAUUGCAGCUAGACAGCUCAGCAAUCUUUCCAGAAGAAGAGCAUAAAUUCCUCCUGCUGCCCCCCAUCCCCGACAUCCUCUCCCCCCGUCCGAACCGUAGUGUUCCUCAUCACCCGCCAGUGUACAGAGGAACUGCCGUAGCGACAACGACCCGAACUUUGGGUGACUUGGCCGUCGUUGCGGUUGGGUCUUGAGUGCUGAAUCUAUCCGAAUACGGUUGUCUGUGGCGCGCUCGAAUCCGUGAUCUCAUCGUAGCACCGGUUCAGUGCCUCUGCUGUAUUCACGCUAAUCGAUUAACUAAGUGCUGCUUGAUGAGCCUGACGGCCGCUAUUGCGAUUGCGACUUCUAAUAGCCGCAGCGUUUCUGUGUGUAUCAGCGCCGUAUCAUUGGGCCGAUUGAUGACUGAGAACUGUGAGAAAAAUUAUUUGAAGAAGGACCAACUAUGGCUGGCAUCAGUAGCAACAGCAGCAGGCCAGCACCAACCAAUGGGUGUUAAUACCGUCGGUUCCCUUUCCCCCUCAAACGACUCGAGCCUUCAGAUCUUACUUCAAAAUAGGCACAGAGGCUGAAAGUUCAAGAGGGUAGCACCCGCAGCGACAGGGCGCUACGCCGGACAUUCGGGCCUUCUGGACUUUCUGGGGCAACGAUGAGCUCGCCAUCUCCGUCGCAGUUGGCAUACGGCCAACCAACGGGCAGUUCGCUAAUUCCCUUUUUCGUAGGCUCUCCUGGCCCGCAGGGCGGCGGUGCCAUGGGCGCCAGUGGUGGACUCGGCGGGCCUAUGGGCUCUGGAAUGGGCAAUCCCCGAGACCAAGGCCUACAGCAACCUCCACAACGAGCAGAUGUAGCAGACAUGGAACGCUUCCAGCAAGGAUCGAAUCGGAUAGGAACGCCAACAUUGGCUGGGGGUGGGGCCAGUAGAGGUCAGAUGGCCGUCGGUGGUUCUAGACCUAUCGGACCCCACAGCAAUAACAACAACAAUAACAAUAACAACAAUAGUACCUCACAACAAAAUAGUAACAACCAACGGUUCAGUGAGCAAAGUCCGAUGCUAUGGCGUAAUGGCGGUGGAGGUGGGGGUAGUGGCCCUCGGGGGAACCCCUUCAACUCGAAUCCUUCCCUCGACCUUUCCGAGUUUCCAUCAUUAACUAACCGCGACUCAGCAGCCAACAUUAACCCUAUGUCCGGCAGAACACCUUACGUUGUGAGACUCAAUCAACAUUUUGCAUUUGGCAUGGUAAAAAACCCUAAUAGCGAAGCUAGUGAAUUUCACAUUCAAAACGAGGACUUCCCUGCGUUACCUGGCUCGAACCAUAGCAAUCUCGGCAAUCAACAGAGUCCAAGCACAACAGGACCCCAACAGGAUACUAGCGGCAACCCCGGAAGCAAUUCUCAGCAGCAGAUCUCGCAACAGGUAAAUAACGCAAAGAAUGGCCUUUCAAAUGGACACAUUAUGACGGGUGAUAAGAGUGUCAACGGAGGGCCGCUAAAAGGGGACCCGGCAGGACUAGCAUCUCAUCAAGGCAACCCGAGCGGUCAGAGUGCUGUUGGUAGUCGGAAGCAGAUCAUAACGACGAAAGACGGCCGGGUAAGCAAUAUCCCUCCCGGUAUGAUUCGCGAUCAGUACGGCAUGGUUGGUCUGUUGACCUUCAUCCGCGUAGCAGAAAGCGAACCGAAUCUUGUGACGUUGGCACUAGGUUCGGACCUGACAACACUUGGGUUAAAUCUUAACUCGCAAGAGAAUCUGUUCACGGUAUUCGGUGGACCCUGGGCCGAGCAGGCAUUACGGCCGCAUGAGAUGGAGUACAGCGUGCCGACGGAGUACCUCAUUAACUCACAGAUCAAAGACAAACUAUCGCCUAUCAAAUUGCACCGCUAUAGUGAAGACACACUAUUCUUUCUGUUCUAUAUGUAUGGUGGGGACAUUAUGCAGCUUGUGGCCGCAUCCGAAUUGUAUAAUCGGGAUUGGCGGUUCCAUCGCGACGAGCGGGUGUGGAUCACGCGGGCCGGCAUCAAUCCGACAGAGAAGACUAGUACGUACGAACGAGGUACAUAUUAUUUCUUUGACCCCGUCAACUGGCGGAAGGUUGCGAAGGAGUUCCACCUUGAGUAUGAGCGACUCGAGGAGCGUCCACCUCCACUAAGUUUCCCUAGCGGCUUGUGAUCAAGCAAUUCGUCGUCGUAGUACAGGCCAGACCAUUCGUCCCGUUUAUCUCGUUCAAGUCGUAGCUAUCGCGGAUGGAUGGUCGGCCGUUUUGUCAGUCAAUUGUCAGUCAAUCUUAAUGGUUCGAUUGAUUGGUGAUAGAUAUGGUUCUUCAGGUGAUUCAGGCCAGCAUUCAGAAAGGCGUCGGUGUGCGUUGUAUAUUUGAUUGCUGGCCAGCCACUGGCUCGAAAGCUGCCUCAUCCGAGCCUUGCGGGACCCUGACGAACCGGCUGGUCUGGUGGACGGUUAGGUCUGAGCUCUGUAGCUGCACUCUACAUAUGCCGCCUUCUUCAAGUGCUUACCUGUAGGUGGCUAGCAGAACGAAGUAAGGGCCAAAGCUGAUCCACCGACCAGCCGGCGCGUCGUUGUGUGAGGAAACAACUCUGUGUAGGUUUCUUGUAGGGGGUCCGAGGCCAGCUAGCCGUGUCUACUGUGUGUGUAUGAAGAUGAUGAUGAAAAUGAAAAGAAGAAGAGGAGGCGAGCGCUGCUGGCUGAUCUCUCCGUGGAUGAGGGGCACGAGUCUUGGCAGCAGUCUGUCACAUAUUUAAGAGCUGAAUCGGUUGGUGGGCGCUGCUCGGUCGCGGUGAAUGUAGUUAGUGGUUGAUUGAUAUUCCACGCUAUUCCGUUGUAUUCCACGCUAUUCCACAUACGAAAAACGUCAAAACGUUGUGUGGUGAGGCCCUUUCGUCGAAAAGGACCCUUUGUCCGCUCCUAUAGCAAGCUACUACAACUAAAGCUACAAUUACAACUGCGAUUUGCAUCUGCAUCUGCUACUGCUCUACCACAGCUAAAUAUCAGUCAUCUCGUCUUCUGUCCGUUUCGAUACCUCUCUAUAUUCACUUUGUCGUAGGCCUGAGAUGUCUGAAGAAGAAGACAAAGAAAAGGAACGGAAACAUACAACAAACAGCAAAUAAAUCAUGGCGCGUGAAGGGGCAACUCGGCCUUCAUAAGCUCGCCAGAUGUUCGCCGUCGGUCUUAUCCGCUAUCCACCAUGUUUUGUAUAUGUAAAGCAGACAAAUUCAUCACGUCAAUAACAAACAGAAGCGACCUCAAAAGUAAAACAAACAGGGAAAUAUUAAAAGAAAGAGAUUUUGACAGUAAACAAAGAAGGCCACAAGGGACCAAGCCACCAUUGGAAAGUAAAUAUAUCGGAGCGAAAUCAUUUGUUUUUCCGUUGUUAGUGGAUUUUACUCAAUUCUCCACAGAUGCACUUAGACUGAUCCAGCGAUUACAACAACAAUAGUAAUUAUUAUUACAAUAUUAAAAGUUAUAUUUUCAGUAUUAAGAAUGGCUUGUCCGUGUAUUCGUACAAUACUGCACACAAAAUUCGGAUUUAGUUUUGUUUUGAAAUAAACUACCCGACUAGUUAGCAAGUUAGCUAAGCAAUAUAAAGGCAAAUAAUGGUCAGGAUGUGUAAAGAACAAAAAGACUGUAACGAGAGUGAAUCCAGUGUCAUGGUCAGGAACGUUUGGGAAUGUCAGACAUGGGAUUAUUUUUUCUUGUUGUUACAAAAAUAAACCCUGUCAUAGGAAAUGUAUAAUAACAAUAACAACCAUUAGUAAUAUAAUAAUUUAAACAUUAAUGGCUAUACUGUUCCAUUACUGCGUCCAUUGUUAGCCACCUAGCUUCAAUUGCAUUUAUUAGCUUACUCAGAUUCUUAAUUUAGCACUGACCUCAUCCAAACAAUGCUGACCUCGGCACUAAGCGCACUUUUUUUGGGUUUUUCAAGGGUUUUCUUUUUGCUUUUUACACAUGCUGGACCCAAUUUUUUUGCUCAGCCAGCUUGCCAGAUGAAUAGCUCAUUUCAAAGCAAAUAACAAUUUGAAUCUCUUACGCAUUAGAGAACCAAUACACAGAAAAAAUAUCACCAUUUUUGUUCAUACUAUUACCAUUAUUAUUGUAAUCGCUUCAUCAGUAUUUAUGAAAGCGGAAUCGUGAGAAAUUUAGUCAAAUUCAUGCAUAAAAGGAAACAAAUUAAAAUUUAACAUCCGUUUGCUAGAAGUUCCUUUGUUGACAACCGUGCCUUUGAGUAUAUCGAUUGCACGAGCACGUUAAAAUAGCUUACCAGUCAAUUGAUGAAACAACCCUGAAAACAUUCAUUUUUUAUACUUGAUUUUGCUUCGAAAGAUUUGCUUGCCAAUAGUUGUUUAAUUCCCUGUAGUUUUUUGUUUGUGUGUUUUAAAUUCAGUUAUGAAGAUUUUGUUGGCAAUUGACUAGGGAGGGGCAAUAUAUAUAGGGAACGAUAACUAAGUGAUGGGAAUGACGCCGAAAUAAGAAUCUGACUCCGUAAGAAAAUGCAAUCAAGACAGAUUGGUUCACAAGAGUCGCAGUAGCAGUUUAACAUAAUUUUCAUAUUUUGAGAUGACAAAAAUUAUAUUUUGAUGGAGAUUUGAUUUUGGUAUUAAAAUGUAGUACUGAAAGAUAGAAAAGAAUAGAAAAUCAUGGGGAGAAUAGGGAGAAUGGUGGCGGUGAACUACCAGUUGUGCCGUAAGCCUGAAAGCAGUGUUUUGUUUUAGUUCGGAGAUAUAAAAAAUGAACACGAAAAGAAUAAAAAUGAAGCAAGUAGAAAAUUUAUUUUUUGCUUGCUGCAUUUUUGUUCUUCAUCGAGGUCAGUAGUGUUUGGCCUGCUGCUAUUGUUGCUUUCAAUACAGUCCGGCUUUUAAUACAAUUUGACUGAAGUUGCCGAUGGAUGCCUCAGCUAAUACAAGGCCCUGCCUACGGAUAAACACGCGCCCUGUCAUUUUGAGUUUUGUUGUAAAAUUUUCGUUGAUAACUAAGUGAGGAGGAAUAACACGGCACAAUGAUAAGGUGACGAGGUCAACGCUAAAUUAAGGAUCUGGCAAAUGCAAUUGAAGCAAAGUGGUAAACAAUAGCCGCAGUAGCGAAACAGUAGAACCAUCAAUGUUUAAAUAAUACAGCAGAGAAUACAGUGGUGGGAUACAAGUGUGUAAGUUUAAAUGGAACAAAGACUGUGAAUAGAAUAUUAUUAGUAUAUAUAACUGUGUUUAUUAUUGUAACAGCAACAAGAAACUGUAAAAGUGAAAAUCAUCCCGUAUAUGUAUUUCUUCUUUCACCUUUGAGCGAACGACGAUGACGACGAUGAAAACAAUCCUACAGUAACAACAACAACAACAACAACAACCACAACAACAGCCACAACAACAACAACAAACAAAAACACACGACGAUAUUUGACGGUUCAGACGGCGGCAGAAAUCGCGCUUGGCCCAAGAUGUGGUUAUGUCUGCUAUUUUUAUUGAUUAUAUGCACAAAGCAAUGAAAGAAAACAAGCAAAAAACGAACGAAAACAAUUAUAAUGCUGGUGAUAAUAAUAGUGAAUAAAAUACCUGCACAACGCGUAAGUGACGGCAACCGACAUAAGAAAGAGAGAGAGAGAGAGAGAGAGUGAAAAUAGGCAAAGACAAAAACGAAAAACACUUAGCAACGAAAAUUUGUGCUGGCAUUCGGCUGAAGAGCGGGGUAACAAAAAGUCAGUGAAGAAUCUCUACUCUUUAUUUGCUCUCACCUUCGUUACUGCGCAGCUAGCGCCUGAUAAAUUCGAGUCGGUUUGUAGUUUCAAGGUUUGAAAUGUACUAAUUCACCUAUUAAUAAUUGAUCGGACCAUAAGAGAAAUUCAGCUGAAAUCAGAGUCAAAUAAGGCAGAAAACAACUAGAAGGCGAAUGAAAAUUCAUUUAACAACUAGAAUAAUCUUUUUAAAAGGCAAAUCGCCAAACUGCUGCUUCUGACGGUGUUCGUAAUGAUAAUGAUGAUGAGACAGCUAAUGAUGGUGAUCAUGAUGCGAAUGAUUAACAAUUAACGAUGCUGAGAAGAAUCGAUCGAUUGCUUUGAUAGUGGUAAUGCAAUGAUGAUACUGAUGACAAUGUAAAGAUGGAGAACAUAAAUAUAUUAUAAAAUAUAAUACUACAUUGAUGGAUGGAGCUGCUGCAACUCUCAAACUCAAACUCGCGCGCGUCACUGUGGACCAACGAGCUGUACAGUCAUUCCGGGGGUUCAUGGACGCGUGUCUUCUGUGAAUAUGUAAAGUGUUGAUCACUCUGAGGGAAAACGCGUGCUGCUACGGGAAAUAGGGUGGGAUAGUGACGGGAGAUUUAAUGACGCAUACGACAAGAAUAAUUAUGAGGAAAAACAUCACUGUCAAGACAACUACAACAUUGAGACAUCAUCAACAUUCACAACGAAGACAACAACAACAACAACGACAACAUCAAUAACAUUAACAACAAUAACAACAUACAGGGGACAAUAGAAGUAAAAAAAAUAGGACUGAAACAUCAAUAGCGAUUAGGAGAAGUAAGAACAAAACGACCAAUGUUUAAAAGAAAAGUAACUACAUAUAUACAUAUAUAUAUAAAUAUAAAAAGAAAAUAUAAAUAUUAAGUAAAUAAAUGCCGUAGUGUAUCUCAAUACAUAAACGGACCCGGUUUACAUUUCCUGUUUGUUACUAGCGAUGAGGAUGAAAGUAACUGCAAUAUUAAUUUUCAUUUAUUCUAUUAUGUGUUGUUAAAAAUUGAGAAAAUGAGUCGCGUUAUUCAAAUUGUACCAAGGUCGAAUUACACUAUUACAAUAAGUAACUAGUUAAUAUAUAUAUAUAUCAUAGUUAUAACAACAGUCGUUAUUGACUGUUGUUACAAUCGCGGUACCGUGCAUGUGUGCGAACCUCACCGCAAAGAGCAAAAUAUCGAAGUCUAAAGCCGGGUUGAAUUUUUUGACCCAAUGUUCAUAAUCCUUAGCUCGAAUCAUGCCUCGGAAAAUGAACAGUUUCUACCGGUAAUCAGCCAAUUGAGGGAUACAUGACAACAACGUCACUCGAACACUCAUCUCGACCACAAACAAUGACGCCAAGACAGACAAUCACACAACUGCAUUGACAUUCGCAAACGCACAUGAUUUAGACUUUUCAACUAUUCCAUUGGCAUAAAGACCUGCUAGCCAUUUCGUGUAGCGGAAACGACGCCGAUGGAAACAGGAACAGCCACAGAAACAACAACAAUAACAACGAUAUAAAUACCCAUAAUACAACAAUAAAACUCCAGCAACAAAAAGCAAAGUGGAAUUACACACGACAGCAUGAGAAAACAACUGGACUAAGCGGCAUCAACAACUGCUAUAUAUAUGUAUGUAUAUAUAUACACUAUCACCAGUGGACGGAAUAGAGGCAAACCAACUGAUUGAGGCAAAACAAAGGUAAAUAAAUCUUAUUUCAUCCGUCGUA